AAUGUUAAGGUGGAGUUUAUUCCAGAGCCUCGCGGUGUGAUCAGCUCAGUCAGCUACACCGGAGCAGAGGAUAAGAGACGGGAAGCCGACACAGCUGGAUUAACGAAGUUUAUUGAGGUGGUGAGGAACUUCGAGGUGGUCAGGAAGAAAUGGCUCCACGCUGAGCUCGAGCUGAAGAAAUACAAAGAGCUGCUGAUGAAGUCGGACGUGGCUCGAGCCGCCCUGGAGGUCAAACUCAAACACGCCCGCAAUCAGGUGGACGUGGAGAUCAAGAAACGUUAUAAAGUCGAAGCUGACUAUCAGUACUUGGAGCGUCAGAUGCUGCUGAUGACUGAAAUUCUCGCUCAGGACAGCAAAUCAAACGCCUGCCUUAAUGAGGAACAGAGGAGCAUGCUGGCCAACUUCCAUCACAGAGGAGCAAACAUCACACAGCACAGAGGCAAACGCUUAUCGGUGAUCGACGAGUCAUCUUUUCUGUCUCAUUCUGACAUCAGCUACGACCGGACGGAUGACGAUGUGGAUUUGGACAGUCCGGCUGUUGUGAAGCCUCUGAAGUCGAGACCUCGCGAGAAAAGACGCUCAUCGAUGGGGCCAAUCGGCGCACUUCCAUUACAGAAACGUGGGCGACUCGGUGGACGUUCUGGAGAUCUGCUCAGUGUGAGACCGUCCGAGAAGGAAGUGGAAGCGACAGUGGUUACAGCAUCAGUCACUACCCCUGAUAAUGGUGGUCAGAUCCACAUGGUGAUCGAUAUCACUCAGGAAACAGCAGAGCCGACCCGAACCCGAGCUGAUCCCCUCCCUCCUGUGAGCGACCAGACAUCAGUGUGGGCUCACUCUGAAAUCACUGAGGUUGAUAUGGCUAUACCAAUGGAUGAGACUUGUGCUGAACCCCAAGUUCCUCUGUCUGUGCAACCAUUUGUGAACACUAAUAUCCAGAAUGCUAACAUUCAGCAGAAUGCUAAUGUCCAGAAUGCUAACAUUCAGCCGAAUGCUAACGUCCAGAAUGCUAACAUUCAGCAGAAUGCUAACGUCCAGAAUGCUAACAUUCAGCAGAAUGGUUACGUCCAGAAUGCUAACGUCCAGAAUGCUAACAUCCAGCAGCAUGCUAACAUCCAGAAUGCUAACGUCCAGUACAAUAUUAUCCAGCACAUCUUCCUGCCCAAAACUGUAUGGAUUUCUACCUCACUAGUAUUUAUGACACUUCCACAUUUGGAGAUCAUGAUUGUGCCUUUCUGUCCCUUCUUUGUCCUCUCCCUGUCUCGUCUCUUUCCUCUCUAUCCCUCUGCACAGGUGAUCCGUCCGGAGACCUGCAGUCCCUGUAGGAAGAGGAUCCGUUUUGGGAAAGUGGCGGUGAAGUGCAGGGACUGCCGUGUGAUCGCUCAUCCUGAGUGUAAACACCUGUGUGUGGAAAAAUGUUCCCCUAGCACACAGGGAGCUGUCCAGUCUACUAAGGUGACGUUGGAGAGUUUUUGUCCCUCCUCUCCUCCCCGGAUCCCACCGCUGAUUAUCCAGUGUGUUAAGGAGAUCGAACGGCGCGGCCUUGAGGAGAGGGGUCUGUACCGUGUGCCAGGAGGCGAGCGGGCAGUGAAGGAGUUACGUGAGCGCUACCUCAGUGCUAAAGGUCCUCUGCUGCUGCAGCGGGUGGACGAGGUUCACGUGGUGUGUGGGCUCCUGAAGGACUUCCUGAGGAAACUCCAAGAGCCGCUCGUCACCUUCGCGCUCCACAAGACCUUUAUGGAGGCAGCAGAACUAGCGGACGAUGAUAACAGCUCGGCGAUGAUGAUCCAGGCCAUCGGAGAACUUCCACAGCCGAACAGGGAGACUCUCGCCUUCCUGAUGCUCCAUCUACAGAGGGUGACUCUCAGUCCUCAGUGUCAGAUGGAUCAGAAUAAUUUGGCUCGUGUGUUCGGACCCACCAUCAUCGGGCACGGCAUGGCCGAACCAUCUCCGCUCACCAUCAUGAGGGACACCAACACGCAGCCCAAGGUAGUGUUGCGGCUGCUCUCUUUGUCCCCUGAUUACUGGAACGGUCUCCUAACUGCAGCGGGGGAUCAGCACGGAUCUCACACACCUUCUGAGAGGGUUCAGCCUGGAUCUCACACACACCCGGAGAGAGAUCAGCUCAUCUCUUCAGUCGUACGUUCAAACAUCAGCAAGUCCACCACUCCAUCCGCAGACCGAGAUCGCAUGUUUAAGCCCGUCACCUCUCCUGAGCUGAGUAAAUACAGCAGGACUCCAGGCGGCUCGUCCUUCAAGGGCCGGAUCAAGACCCUGGGCAGCGCUUUCAACAACACAACCAAACCGAAACCUGAACCGGCCAAAAAGAAGUUCUUUACAUCACCAAAGUGAGAGAACCAGGACCAGGAGUGUGUGUGUGUGUGUGUGUGUGAGAGGGGGACUGUACAUGGUGGAAGUUUAUCACAGUGAGAAUGUUUUGGCACUGUUUAUCAGGGUGAGCACUAUAAAACAUGUAAUUGUAAAUAAACCUCAUGCAUCCA